AUGGCUUCCGCAGUAUCUUUGAAGCAUCAUACUCCGCUUUGCAGAGGCAACUGCAAUCUCUUGCACCACGACCUGGUUGCAGCGCUGUUCACGGACGGACGUUGCGCGAUCUCACGAAUUGAGCGCCCGGGUGAUUUACCGUUGGCUUUAAAACAGGCCAUAGAGUCGGCAAAAUUGUCUGGAUGGGACUACAAUUGUUUCAUACCAGAUCCCUUGGAGCUUCUGAGGUGCCCUCUUCUAUUUCUUGCGAGCGCCUUCGGUAAGGUUGCUGUCGUGGAAGGGCUUUUGCGAAAUGACUUCAGUCCACGCGUGUUAAAUCAAGAUGGCGAAACGGCCUUGCAUUUUGCAGUAAAGCACUUUCAUUUGAACAAAGUGAAUCCGCUUCAAGGACGAAAAGGGAGGAAAGAGGCAUUUCAAAAAGUAGUGGAUUUAUUAACUGAGUACGACCCCAAAAUUUUAGCUGUCAGAUGCAAAAAUGGGCGAACAGCGUUGCACGUGGCCGCCUGCUCAUUUUCCAAGUGGAAAGUUGAUUUUUAUCGGUUUUCUACAAAACUAAUGAUGGAACGCUUGGUUGCGCUCCAAGACAGCUCCGUAUUGACAAGAAAGGAAGUGAUGGACAUUGUCAAAGCCCCCGAUCUCAAAGGAGACACGUUUAUGCAUAUGUUGGCACGGAACAGUGCAUACUUUGAGGCCUUGAAGUUUGGAGGGGAAUUGCUCUUCCGUGGAAAGUUACCCGAAGACAGGAACAAACAAGGCAAAACUAUCCUGACUCUCGCGUGGGAGACAAAUCCAAGAGAAGCGACGAAAAUGUUAAGUACUCUUUUGAUGCAUAAUCGUGAAGAUCAGGAAGGUGAGAUAAUUAGCCCUUAAAUUUUUUGUUUUUUUUUUUAGUUUGAAUGAGUUUGAGUAAAUAUACCUUAUUAUAGGAAAUUAACGCUCCAUGAAAUUAACGCGAAUCGUUAAAAUUCGCGUUAAUUUUGUUGAGCGUUAAUUUCCGCGACCUUUUAAGGGUGCACUUAAUUAAAAUUAAGUGCAGCGUUUAUUUCCGCGCUCUUAAUUUCCGGUUCCAGUAUUUUAACCCUAAUUUUGGAACCUGUCCAGACAUUCUUGACACCUAAAAGACGUUAACUACAAGCUCUCUUUGUUUCCAUUUACCGUUUAUUUUUCAUCUUUCACAAAAGCAAAGGCGAAGGUUUACAAUAUUUCGAGUUCAUCUUCAUCGUUGUCGCUGUCAGAAAUGAUAUCAAUAUCUUCUCCUUUGAUUUGGGCCAAGAUAAUCGCGCUAAUUUCCUUUUUAUGGAAUUCUACCUCCUCUUCCGCGUUAAUUUUCUUUAUUCAAAAGUUGUUUUCCAUUCAAAUUCGCGUUAAUUUAAGUCACAUUAAUUUCUAAUACCUUAAUUUCAUGGAGCAUUAAUUUCCUAUAAUAAGGUAGAUUACCUGUCACUUCAUCACCUUCAGGCCCCUUCAUUUACAUGUGUGGGAGGAGACAUGAGCUUGAUAACACUAUGAAACUUUAUCCCUGUCACUUCAUUUAUUUUUAAAAUGAAGUGACGGGGAUAAGUUAUUCUGCAGUUUGUCUCUAUAUGAAAUGCAACUGUCCUUGGAGUACAAACAGGUUUUGCAUUUUUUUAUUUUGAAAUUAAACUAAAGAAUCAAGCCUAACAUUAAAAUCUGUAUUGAAGUAGCUAUGGAAUCUCUGGCCCCUUUCACAACUGUUCUUUGUGCGACAUGCAAAGCUACCCAGAAGGAGGGGAAGGGGAAGAAGGAGCAAUGCAUGACGACUUAAAGAACAGUAGAGAAAGAAACUAUGGAAUACCCAGUUUGUUUACGUUAUAUUUUCUCACAUCAGCAUACUCCAGAUUUGAAGUGAUGGGGUGAUCAAAGAGUUCAUGGGAAAGUGUUCCAUGUUUUUUUAUCUAUUACGUGUAUUAUCCAUCUCAGGUAGAUUCCUGUUUGCUGAGUUAAUUCUUGAGGCUGGAAAAUUUGUCAUGGGAUUUUACUGGGAGAUUAAUGUUUGGGGGCUUUUGUUGGAAGCCUUUACCUUUACCUUUCUUGUGUGUUGAAAUCCCCCUCAGCAUGUGUGAGAAUUCUUAAAAAUUAUGAGGUUUAUACAGGUAGACUUUCUUUCAUUGCCAUUCUUUUGGUAGUAGCAGCCACUUGUAAUAUUAAAACAUCUGGCCCAACAGGUUGCUCCACUGGCCCAAGCUAUUGGACAGCACUUCACAUCCCAUGCCUUGUCAGGUUGCAAAAUGAAAUUAAGCUAUUUUGACAUGGGUGCAUCCCACUUAAAUUAGCCUUAUUGGACAGAUCAAUGUUUUUACCAAAAAAAGCCUGUAUUAAGGGAACAUCUAGCAUGUCGACCUGGUACAGAUUUUUUUGUUGAAGGGGAGGGGGAAAGGGUGGGGGGGGGGUGUCUGAUUUAUAUGUUUAGGUUUCACUAGAGAACGUGAAUGUCCAUGGUUGUCUGGGUUCAAGGGACCUCAUCUGACCAAGUGGAGUUUUCUUAGACUAAGGAAACAGCAAACAAGUACUUUUGGUAUAUUAAAGAAUGUUCAAACAUGCACAAAAGUGACUGCUUGUAGCUUAAUAACAAUACAGUGAAACCCCACCUUACAGCUACCUCGGUAAUACAGUGUCACCUGGCAAAACUACCAUACAUCUUGUGAAAAAACCCACGUUAAUACGGCAAAAGUUGUUUGGCGCGUUGAUGACUGUAUUGAUGGGGUUCCACUGUAAUCGCAAAAAGAAUGAAGGAGUAAGAAUCAUAUAAGAGCUGAACUUUCCCCUUUUCCUUUUUCAUUAGGGAUAUUAACUGAGAUUGACCCUGAGGAACGUAUUAGUGCUGAUGAAAAUCUUGUGGCCACUAACAGUCCAGCCCAUAGGUUGGCUUCUCUUGAAUUUUCAUCCGAAGGUGGUGAACAAUCCCUUUGUCAUCUCUCAGUUGCUGAUGAAGGUAUACCAUAUAUUGACCAGGUAUUCUCACUCUCAAGUGGAGACAAUGAGUGUAACUUAAGCAGCCCCCAAGAAGACACAAUAAGCAAUGAGGUGUGCUCAGUGUCCUCUGAAGAGUGUGUGGCAAGAGUCAAGAAGUCGUAUUCCAGUGAGGAGCCAAAGGAAGGUGAAAUCAAGAAAUCAUGCGUGGAAGCCACCCUUACCAGUUCAAGUGAAUGUUUGACUAAACUCACUGAUGCAGACAGCUCAUUUUUGGAGUUUGUCAAGACUGAAGGGCUGGGACUGCAUGCCCAAACAAAGAAGAACAUUGUGGGUGUGGUUAUGACAGAGUACUCAAAUAAAUUGAGUGAAAUAGAGAGUAGACUUCCAAUGUUGGGGCAGCUAAUAUCAGAAGAAGAAAUGGCCCUGAGGCAGAAGGAAGAGAGAGAGCAAGCCUUGGAAGAGGAACUUGACUUGCUGAAAAAAGAAAUGUUGGAAAAGCAAAGGUGCAUUAAUGAUCUGAGGCUGCAGUGUGAGUCGUUACGCGAUGAGAAGUUGUUGAUUAAAAGGAAAGUUGUGUAUUGUCAGGAGGUUGAGCAACAACUGGAGUCAGGUAGUAGUUUAAAAAAGGUCAGGUCAGAGUGACUAGACUUGACGUUGUGACUCCUCAGGAAUAAAAGAACCAAUUCAUUGAUGACUUGAAGGGUUAAAUCUGGGAGUAGAAAGUUUGAAUCUGAAGAUGUACUGUUUAAUUGCUUGUCCAGUUUGUUUUGCUACUGCCCCUGGCCCUUAAAGCGUCUUUACUGCAGUAGUGUUCUACCCUAGGAUUUUAAGAAGGCCAGGAGGUAUUCUGGCUGUGAUUUUCAACAGUGUUUGUAUGAAGCCUGCUGUAGACUGAAUAAUAGGAUAUGUUUGUAUGAAGCCUGCUGUAGACUGAAUAAUAACCAGCCACAGCAAGGCAGUAACCAAUAUGAUCAUUUCUCAUUUCUCUCCUUGUUUUUGUUAUGCCCAUUGACAGUGUGGGAAGUUUGUUUAUUAAUCCUUGUAAGCCCCUCAAAGGGCCCUUGUGUUUCUAGGACAAUUUCAAGAUGCAUGGCUGCCAUUCAGUGAAAUGAGUGCAUCACAGGUUUCGUCCAACAUUAAAUCAUUUUAAAAAAUGAACUAAUCGCGAGAAAUGUCAAUGUAAGGUUUGAUCCAUUAGGUCAAAUCUUUGAUUUUUAAGCCAGGUGGGAAUGAUUUUCCAGUGAAUAAAGCCAGGUACCCUGCGUAGCCUUUAAUAUUUAGGAGAACACUGUGCAGAUGUUAUGAGAGAAAGCUUGCAUUGAGAGAAAACAUACAACAGUGAUGUAUAUGUGAUAUACUAAAAAGUGCCACCGUCAAGUAAGCACCCCCACCCCUAAAUGUCUGCUGUGUUUUUAUAGGAUAAAAAAUGUAAAAUAACAGCCUUCCACCCCCUCCCCCUUGGGCUAGUGCCUCACUGUUUCAGCAAUGUUGUUCUUUCUAUGGUAAUGUUAUUUUUGAACAAAUAAAAAAAACAUAAAACAAGAACAAUUCCAUGCUAAUGUUAGUAGCUGAUGGGAAGUUUUUUUUUUUAAAAAAAAUUAGUGUCAUCCCUCUUUAAGUGGUGCAUUGACAAGUAGAAAAAAUAUAAAGAGUAUUGGCACUCUUUCGAACAAAUACAGUACACAUUUUGAGUUGGCGUGUGACUUAAAAUUUAAACUAUUUAUUUGUAAGUGGGUGGCACUUAAGCUACACAAGUUGCUUGAAACACAGCACAUGCUACUUUAGGGUCCUCUGCAAAGGGCUUUCGGACUGUGGAAUUGCGAGUUCUUUGGGAUCAUUUGAAGACUCUGGGAAACUGACCACCAUACCCCUCCCCCUAAGUCAACAUAAACACCUUUUUCACUGAGGGCAAAAUUGACUUAAGGGAGGGUAGCUUCAAUUAAUGUUCUUUUUGCAUGAGUUUGAGCCAAUGUUUAUGUGUAUAGUAGUAGCGUCAAAGAGUAUAUUUUUUACGGCUUCUAUGGAAAUUAUAUUUUAUAAAUCAAAGACUAGUGAAAGUCUUUUUAAAACUGUCUAGAAGUCAGUCUUAAGAGUUCUGAAAAAUUAACAAAAACAUUGUGAGAAAUAUUUCUUAUUUUGGGGGGUAAAAAAAGAAGGUUAAUUCCUCUAUUUUGUGUCGUUUGUUUUGUUUUUGGAGAAGAAAAUUUUAUUGAUUUAUACGGACUAAAUAAAAGUAAUAUUUUGUGUGUUAAAUAUUACUACAAAAAUUAAUAUUAUUAAGAUUAAUUAAGUGUAAAGAUAUCAUUUAAUCUGGAUGUUAUAGUUCUUGAAACAUUAAAGGAUUAUUUAAAACCAUGUAUUAAUUUCUUUUGGUACUGUCUUUGUAAAUAAAAGUUCCUUUCAUUUUGUAUCAACACUGUCAUGGCGUCUCAAUAACUAAUCUCCUCUUGCGUUAUCAUUAGCCUUCAUGCCCUUUAUUAUUCAUAGCCAUCUGUCCGCCGCAAAGGCCCUUCUGUGUAGUAUGGGGAGGGAAAAAUGAAAGCGGGCGGGGGAGGAUGGGAAGGGUAAACCGUGCCUUUCCUAAUACUUUUUAUUAUUGCUAUCUUUCUUGGAAUACCCAGCGGGAAUCUCUGCGGAGGAGGGUUUAUAGGUCAGGCGAAGCAUUUACCAGUUUACAACCUAGAAACAGUCUCCAUGCUACGCUAAACCGCGAUUAUUUGGGGUCCGUCAGCACUGAUGAUUGAGGAGUCACUGGCCAAUUGAAACGCUACAUGGUGUUACUUUGACUUGAAAGCUUUCUAUUUCAAGAAAGCGAUGGAGCCGCGACGAGGCGGAAUGUAUGAAGAAAAGCUUUUGUAACCGUUUUUUCUUUCUCUCCAGUGCACAUAGCCUCCCACGCACGCGUUUUUGGGAGAGCUCGUUUUUCAUCCCUUCCCACAAAACGAGCUCCCCUAAAAACGCCUGCGUGGGAGGCUACAGUGUACAGUGAAGAGUGAGAACUCCGUCGGGCUUUUUUUUAACGAAAAAAAAUAACUUUUUAGUGGCGCCACAUUAAUGAAUCCCCCCCUAAGACGUGGUUAAAAACACCCAUAUUUUUUAGCUUCUUAAACUAUCGCUAUGAAAAGAUGGCGAAAGCCAUCGAACUUUGCUUUUUUUGGAGGGGGAUGGGGGGACAAGGUGUGUUAUGGGUAAUUUAAAAGUGGUUUAUGGUAAUGAAUAUCGUGUAAUGAUUAAUUACUUUUCAAAAUUUUACGUCAUGAAAGCUAAAGAUUCAUUAAUUAAUAAUAUUGCGACCUAUCUGUUGUAGCUUGCGCGAGCACGACCCACGUUCGAUUUCGGGCAUUCCGGAACGUAACAUGGUUUCACAAAAGUACCACACCCCCCUUUGCGGCAACAACUGUAAGAUCGAACACCAUGAUUUGGUUACAGUCCUCUGCUUGGACAGUUCGCAAAAGUCUGAUGAACUACCUGACCUACUGAAAGAAUGCAUCGGCUCCUACCAGAACUGGGAUCACAAUGGUGAAGUUCCUGAUCCGCUAGAGGACCUCAGGUGCCCGCUGAUCUAUCUGGCGUCCUCGUUUGGUAAGGCGGCACUCGUUCGGGCCCUGCUUCAAGAGAACUUCGACGCGCGCGCAGUAAACUUCAACGGGGAAACCGCACUUCACGGGGCUACCCAUUACAUUUACCGUACGGGCGCGCUGAAAAACCGGGGCUUUAAAGUGGCUUCCACUUUAGGGCCGAUUAAAAAUAGGAUGAAGGCUUUUGAGCAGAUCUUGAUCAGUCUAACUGAAAAAGACCCCAAACUUAUGUUCGUUCAAGACAACAACGGGAACACAGCUUUUCACGCUGUCGCUGACAACAUUUGGAACGAUCGGUCAAACGACCCCCAAGGGAAAACUGCUAACUUUUACCAGUUUUGCUUGAAAAGUAUGAUUAAUCGGGCCUUGGCUUUAGAAGAGGGCGGAAAGUUGACGCGAGAGGAGAUAUUAGAAGCCUUGAAUGCCGAAAACGGUGAAGGAGAUACCAUUUUCCAUAUAUUGGCGCGGGAUUACGCGUUCGGAUUCAAAAGUAUGAAGCAAGUUCUGGACAAAUUUUUUGAUGGCCAAGUGCCCUCUAAAGUCAACAAGGAAAAAGAGACUGUGGCCAAGAUCGCUCUUCGGCGCAAUCACAAAAGAGCGAUACAGGUCUUUCCUGGCUUCUUGAAACAAAGUAAGUGGUGUUAAAAACCUGAGCCGGGCUGUUCAGAGCUGGGUGGGUUAAGGGACUGUGAAUAUAACUUCGAACGUUUACGAAGCAAAUCCCUGUAAAUUCUUUUUAACCGUACAAUCCGAUAUUGGAUGAGCUAAAAUGACCCUUUAAACUAACAGUGAAAACGCAGUUACUGACUCAAGAAAUAACCUAGUAUCAUGUGGUUUACGCCAUCUUUCGGUUCCUUUCGGUAACAAGGCGAAACUUGGUCAGGAUUUUUAAAUUCCCCACCAAGAAGUGCAUCUUAUAAAAACACUAACGCAUUCAGUGCCUGGUAGCUCACAUAUUAUAAGCUUCACUGCUUUCGGAUUUUUAUGGCAAACUUAGAACUUGUAAUUAACCAGGACUAAUAACUAUCCGGCAAAACAUAAUUGAGAGAACAAGCUUAACACGCGUUUUACUUAUUUUAACAUUGAUAUUUUCAAUUUCAAAGUUACCAGUUUUUUAUAGGAAAGCACUUGCAACUUUCGCACUGUUUCAUUUACUGAGCUACACUUAGAGACUUUUUGAACAGACCCAUCCGGUAUAGCAAAGAUCUACUGUUCACUAGCUUUCAGCUGCAGACAAGAAUCAGUAGUUCAUGGUAUCGGUCUGAUAUCGCCUAUGAAUGGGUUCAAGGUUUAUCCCCUACAUAUCAGGUUGCUUAAGUAAUGGUCCAGAUAAGAAGGAAAGGACCAAAACGCAGUGAACACGUCGGAAUGCAAAAAGGUGCUAACUUUACUAUUGUCUCUACUAAGGUUCUGAUUGGGUUAAACAUCAAAUUUUACGAAAUCUUCGCAACGCAGCAUGUAUAUUAAUCCCUUUUUUUCGAUCCAACUUCCUUAUAACAAAAUCUCGUCUGAGUCUAAGUAACACAGAAAUCGUAUGUGCGGAUCAUGAAAAAUUGUGAACAUUUCUUGGCCAUUGUUUGCAACUCUUGUGAUUGGUCGAAAUGUUUUAACACAAAAAUACACCCUUUAAAAGUGGAGUUUAAAUACAUUUUCUUUCGUAAACAGCCUUUUUGUAGAUUUAUGCAUUCUCUGCAUAAAAAUGAAAACAUUUCUGUGUGAGGAAAGCGUAUUGCGCCACAACAAAAGAAAUUGCUUCCCUUCUUACCUGGAUCAUUACUUAAGCAAAGACCACGGCAACGGCAACAGCAACAGCAACGGCAACGGCAACGGCAACGAGAACGACAAAAAAGCAAUAGGUUUAUAUUGGCAAAACAACAACUUUGCACGUGCAUCACGCUUUUUUGUACAUUUCAUUGCCCUCGGUGAACAAAUACGACGUGAAACUACCUAAUUUUUCGUUCUGUGGAGGACGGGAAACACAAGACAACGCGACCCUCUUUUUCUUUUCCUGAACUCUGAUACAGUUUAGAGUUUAACUCCCGAAAAAUUCGCCAACAUUUGUCGAAAUGAACGAGAUAGAAUACACGCGAUAAAGUUUGAAGCAGCGCCAACACACUUUUAAGUGACAUUUUCGUAGACGUCGCCGUCGUCGUCGCCGUCGCCUUCGCAAACGGACAAACUCAAUCACUCCAGUCACCGCAUUACAGAGCUGAUACCGUACAGUUGGAAGUUUCCUUUCGCAGCUUUUAUAUAAGCUAGGACACACUCUAGUAGGUCCUUCAGUCUGUUCGUUCCCUGCUAGCAGAGGCCUCUCCUAGCAGGGAAUCUAUUCCGAUGUGCCUGCCCAUAUCAAGGAGGAGGAUUUACUGUACAUGGGCGGAUUUAGAGGGAGCUCUCCGCCUUUUUUGUCAGUUUGAAAUAGCUGGCUUGAGCAUGACCUCGUCAUUAGUUUCACGUGAUUCUCAACUCUGUUCUGUUUUGUUUGUAGGCGACAGUUCAAUUUUAGUCAGUUCCGACGACUCUGAAACAUCCGAGAGUGACUCACCCUCGCCUAGCACGUCAGGGGAAUCUAAAGAGAUAUCUACACUCACUGGCACCACAGCCCACCAGGAAAUACCUUUGAUUGUCAUCUCUGAUACGGACAUGCCACAGGUUCCCCACUCAAUAGAAGCAGAAGAGAACAGUUCGAGUGAGGUGAUUGCCAACUCUGAAGAGACUACGGAUGGCUUUGCUGAGCAGGAACAAGACACGGUUCCGUUAGCAAACCCCGGAACACACGACCUGCUGACUGUUUCGAUUGAUUGCACACUGGGAAAGACCUCUCAAAUUGAAGUUCCUUCGUUUCUUAACCUUUCUCACAAGUCUAAUGUCGUCAGUGUUUCACCGUUUGACCGCCUUAUCAGCACACCGGUGAACGCAGAGGUGAUGUAUGUGACGGAAACAACUGCAGCUUCUAAGUAUAACAACUCGGCGGAAAAGGGACAACAGGACGAUGCUACACGCAAACAUAUUGAAAAGCUCGAUACUGCCGAUAAACACACUGCGAAAGAUCAGUCAGAUCCAACAGCUCCAUUUAGUACCACCUCCUCUUUUGAUUGUGACUCAGGGUCUCCUAGUAACAGUCAACAAGGUUCCAUGAGUGGCGAACCUCCCAGCGAGGAGCGAAUGGCUAUCAACUCUGAAGAGUCAAAGUCGCGCAAAACUGACAAAGAAGGCCAGACUGUCGCUGAAAAUAUCGCGGACGCCUCUCUUAAGAUAAGUGGCGAUGUACAAGAAAACAGCUUUGAAAAUGAAGCGUCCGAGGAUAACGUAGUAGAGACACGCGGUGCUCAUGUACCCAUUGGUGAUGCUGUUGACCUUGACGAACCGACGUCUCGAAAGGACGGACAGGAGCCAUCCAAUCAGGAGACUUCGCUUGAAGUACCUCAAGCAAACCAAACCCAAAGGGGCAACUCUGGUGAUUAUCCGACGCAGGAGAUGGCUGUCUGUGGAACAAUACCGAGUGACUUGUUUUAUCCACCACUGAACCAAAGUACACAAACAGGAGAAUACACCCAGCAGUACGCGGCAUAUUAUAUGAUAGAUACACCAAGCCCGGCCCCACAAAACCACUCCAAUGUUUCUUACGAUAAAACUCAAGCACAGGAGUCUAAGUCAUUAACAUCACUCGCAUCUGCAAGUACAGAGUCCAUCCACUCCGACUCUCUCGAGUCACUGGACGUUAGUCAGGGGGGCUCAGAUGAUAGAAGCACCAUUUUAAAGUGCAUCACAGACAACUCCUUCCUAGAGUUCCUUAUAACCGAGGGCCUUGAGCUUGACUCCUCUAGCAAAAAGGACGUUGUGAACGUGGUCAUGACGCAAUACAGUAACAAGCUUAACGACAUAGAGAGUACGAUUCCCAAGCUCGCAGCGCAAAUAAGGCAAACAGAAACGACCAUUGAUCAACAAACAGAGAAAGUCGCACAACUGCAGAAGGAAUUAGAGUAUGUGAAAAGUGAAAUUGUCAAAAACAAGAAUGCACUUGAAGGGUUCACCAGUGAGAAGCAGGAAUUAAGCAAGCGGCGAAAAGCCUUGAAGCGCAAAGUGACCCGCUGUGAACAAACUAUGAAACAACUGUUGGGUAACUCGAAGAAGAGUCGAUUUGAUUGA